ACACCUAUUUUAGUUUUGAAACUUGGCUCUGACGCGAAUGUACUUAUGUAAUUCACAAACCAUGAACCAAAGUAAGAUUUAUAAUCACGAAGUUUCUUUAGAUUAUGGAGCUAAAAUAGAUGCAGCUAUAAUGAAUUCAUUAAAUAAGACUUAUGGUUUUGAGAAAAAUGAAUCUAAAAAUAACACACUACUUGAUUUUUUGGUACAUAUUAACCAAAAUAAAUCUGACCAAUUUAACUCGACAAAUGUACAUUUAGAACAGUUAAAAGACAGAAACUCUCAUUCAGUCGACAAUGAUAUCAUAGGAAUGAUGUGGGAACCAGAAUUAGAUUUUGUAGAUGAUCCGGAAAGCUAUAAUGAAUGUAUGAAUAAAAAUGGUCCAAUGAGAUACAUGUGUGGCGUAUGUAUGAAUCAAUUUCGCACAAGAUGUGCUUUAGAUAUUCAUUUUAGAAUACAUAAAGGUGAACAAUUAUUCAAAUGUGUUCUUUGUGAUAAUAUAUUUAAUGAAUUAGCUACAUUAAAACAACAUAGAGAAUUACACAACAUAAAUGAAUUGGUUACAUGUGGAAUAUGUGGAUUAGUUUUUACAGAAAUUUAUCAUAUGAUAAAGCAUAGAAAAUAUCAUUUUAAAGAAAAAUAAAACAACUUGUUGGUCAGUAGAU